CCCUCUACCCCUAAAGAGGCUCGAUGGGCCUUCAGUUGAUUUAAAACUUGUUGCGAAUUCCUUGUCUUGCAGACUUUAACCCGUGAAAGCUCGGAGCCUUUCCAAACCAGAAGAAGAGGGGGGCCGAUGAUUCAGGCAACUGAGUCUCAAAUCUCGAACCUUUCCAAAACAGAAGAUGAGGGAGGCCGAUGAUUGAGGCAACUCAGUCUCAAAUCUCGAACUGGGUAACCAUUCUUCAUACUCAUCUCCUAAAUCAAUUAGUUUUUGUCUCAACUAAAUCGAAUGCUACGUUUCAUUUGCUCAAAAUUGCCCCAAAAACUGAGGCACAGACCUUCGAAACCUAACCACGCAAACUUUUUCUCGACCUCCUCCCUCAAACCCACCUCAGAACUUCCUAAUCCCAAGGAUCCACAAUCUCUGAUAGUCUCCUUCCUCCAAAAUUCAUGUGGGCUUUCGUUCGAAUCGGCCAUUUUGUAUUCCAAUAAGCUCAACAUUGAGAACGUAAAGAAUACCAACUCCGUUCUAGACCUGUUGAGAAAUCACGGUUUGACGCAGACCCACAUCAGGAACUUAAUUAGAAUUCGUCCACCAUUGCUUUCGGCUGAUUUAGAGAAUACCCUUAUGCCCAACAUGAAAGUGUUUGAAUCCUUGGGGUUUUCUGGUUCAGGUCUGGCCAGAAUGCUUAGCAAAUACCCAGCUGUGCUAGAAUGUGAUGCACACGCUGCUGUUGAGUUUUUUAGAGAACAUGGCUUUAGUGAUAAGCAAAUAAAAACUUUGACUAUGACGUGUCCCGAACUUUAUGUGUAUAAUGCUCAAAAGAUUCUUCAGCCAAAGUUGGAGUUUUUCAAAUCGUUAGGUUUUUCAGAUCUUGAAAUUACAAAGCUUUUAUCCAUAGAGCCGUAUAUUCUAAAAAGGAGCCUCGAAAAGCAAAUCAUUCCGUGUAUUCAAGAGCUUAGGCGGUUUCUCGGAACUGACAAGAAUGUCUUAAAGGCUAUAAGGAGAUGUUACGGAGUACUUAGAACAGACGUGGUGCAUAUAUUACAGCCCAACAUCAAUAAGUUGAUAAGCCAUGGUGUUCCCCAGUCAUUAGUUUUGAAACUCUUCUUUUUAAGACCUUUGUCACUGCAUAUCUGUGGCAAUCGGUUUAGUGAGAUUGUUAAUGAAGUUAUGAAAUUGGGUUUUGAUCCCAAUUGUCUGAAAUUUGUUCUAGCCAUCCUGUCCAUGUCACUAAAUAGUAAAACACUGUGGGAGCAGAAGGUGGAAGCUUUUAGAAGUUUUGGUUUGUCAGAUGAUGAGAUUUGUUCAGCAUUCAAGCGGCAACCCUUGUGUAUGGCUAUUUCGGAGAAGAAGAUUAAGAAAAUGAUGGGUUUCUUUGUGAACAAACUGAAGAUGAAGCCUUCUAUGAUCUCCAAGAGUCCGAUUCUUCUACUGCAUAGCUUGGAGAAGCGGAUUAUUCCGAGGUGUUCAGUUCUGCAAGUUUUGAUGUUUAAGGGGUUAAUCAAGGAGGAUAUUUGCAUCCCUUAUAUGGUCACAAUGUCCGAGAGGGAAUUCAUGGUGAAAUUUGUGAGCAAGUAUCAAAAUGAGGUUCCUGAUGUUGUUAGAGCGCACCAAGGGAAGAUUGAAUUUCAAGGGCUCCCCAUGGCCAUGGAGAAGUUUUGACAUAAUCAAAUGAGGCAUUGGCUAAAGAUCAUGACUUCAGUUUUAGUUCAACAUGUUUGGCUUUGCAGUUGGGUAAAUUAGUUUUUGGAGGUGUCUCAGAAACUUUAUAUGGUAAUUGUCCUUGAUUUUGAUUCCUUUUUUAUUUGCCCCUCAAUUAUCAUUUUACUGUUUGGAUUUGCUCUGGUGUGUGUAUAACUCUGUUAUGUUGGUGUAACUCUGUUCUCACCUCUCAUGUUUAGUACAUUGGAUUACGCUUCUUACAUAAAAAUAUAUGGCCAUUUUUUUAAGGUGCUGUUAUUUCUAGAAAAAGUAGCAAAUUCAUGUAUUAAUACUGAAGUGCAGGAUGAUGCUUCCAUAUCGUGGAGAAAAAGGAAGAAGCACUUUUUACCGGAAACUGCACAGUUUUCAUGCCAAUGCACAUUUUUAUAUCGACUCUCUCAUAUUGACUUCCAGAUACGGAGACAAACACAAGCUAGCAGGAUUUUCUGAUUUUGCUGGUUUAUGAUGGGUUGAAAUGUUAUGAACAAAAUGUUCAGGAUCCAUUGCCCAUAGUUCAUAGUCUCUAUCCAUUGUCUUUGUUUUUAAUUUCCUGCUGUGAAUUGUAGAAUUGGGCAGUGAAUUGUGGAAUUGGAUGUUGUGGAAUGCUGCAGUGUUUUACUGAUUGGUGCAAUUAGAUGUUGUAAA